AUGCGCAGGGCCAUUGGGACAGGCGGCCCCGAGGCCGUGCGCCAGGCUUUGAGCGAGCUGAAGCGCCUGCUGCAGGACAACGCAGAGGAGGUCCGCUGGUUAGCGGCCCAGGCCAUCGGCUAUGGCUUCCCCGAUGACGUGCGUAAGGCAGUACUGGAACUGAGGCACCUGAUGCAAGACAACACGGCAAAGGUACGCCGGCUUGCCACGAGGGCCAUCGGGGCAGCUGGCCGCGAGGCCGCGCGCCAGGCCUUGCCGGAGCUGAAGCAGUUGCUGCAAGACGGCGACACAGAAGUCAAGCAGUCUGCCGCCUGGGUCAUCGGGGUUGGCGGCCCCGAGGCCGUGCUCCAGGCCUUGCCGAAGCUGAAGCAUCUGCUGCAGGACGACGCACCACAGGUCCGUGCGCGUGCCGCCGCGGCCUUCGAUGCGGGUGGCCCCGAGGCCGUGCGCCAGGCUUUGAGCGAGCUUAUCGGCCUGCUGCAGGACAACGCAGAGGAGGUCCGCUGGUUAGCGGCCCGGGCCAUCGGCAAUGGCUUCCCCGAUGACGUGCGUAAGGCAGUACCGGAACUGAGGCACCUGAUGCAAGACAACACGCCAAAGGUACGCCGGCUUGCCACGAGGGCCAUCAGGGCAGCUGGCCGCGAGGCCGCGCGCCAGGCCUUGCCGGAGCUGAAGCAGUUGUUGCAUGACGAACGGUUGUGGAUCCGCUACGGCGCCGUCGAGGUCAUCGCGCGAGGCGGCGCCGAGGUUGUGCUCGAGGUUGUGCCGGAGAUGAAGCGCAUGUUGCUGGAUAACGACGAAGGCGUUCAAAUGAGGGCCGCGCAGGCCUGCACGGUUGGCGGCCCGAACGUUGUCAAAGAUGCAGCGGCUCACCUUAAUGACCUGCUGGACGGCGCCAGCAACGCAAGCACGCGCAAGAAAGCCGUUUUGGCUGUGGGGUUCCUUGGCCAGGCCGCCAUCGUGGCGACACUUACAUCCUUGCGCAAGAUUCUGAGCGAAAGCCUGAACUCAACAUCUCUCCUGACGCUUCCUGCAAAUGUUGCAUGGGCCUUGAGACAAGGCGACCCAAACAGCGUGCUGAUGGAGACCAUUCCGAUCUUGAACCAGACCCUAGUUGCGAUGAAGGGCCACCCCGACGACGUGAAGGAUCUUACCACCAUCGAUGAAGUCCAGAGCACACUGGUCAAGUUUCUCGAUCAGGCCCAGGCGAACUGCCAAGAUCAGUUUCGACUUCAAGUGGAACAGACUUUCAAUGUCAAUCGGUCGACUGUCACGGCCCCUGCAGGCUACGCGGUCACGACUGGUCAACCGGGCGCCGCCGCGCUGCAGGCGCACCGGUGCCCAAACCAGAACGCGUGCCCGGGCGAGGUCUUCAAUACGACCUACUACAGCAGCUGCGACGCCUUCCAGCCAGGCUCUUGCCCUCUCGGACGCCAGGACGAGGACGCCAGGACGACGGCGCCAGGACCACGCCGAGGUCCAUGCGAUGUCGGUUACGACGCCAGGGUCGCCGGCUGCGCAGGGUGCCUCGACACGUGGGGCCGGUCGGCAAAGGAUCCUUUCAAGUGCCAGCGGUGCGACAACGCGAAGCUGCCGCAGUGGGCCACCUGGCUGGCCCAUCCGGCGGCGCUGCUGGCGCUCUCAAUGCGGAGCGCGAACAGCGCUGCGACCCGGGGGGACGCCGCCGCCUUCGCUAACGACAUCCUGAAGAUCAGCCUCUCUUUCAGCUCCAGCUCGACAGUGGUUGUCUCCGCGCUGGCUUCCACGACCACUUUCCAAGACAUUGGACAGCAGGGGUGGAAUCUGCUGGGAUGGUCAGCCUCUUUCACCCAAGUCGGCGAGGUGGCCCACUCUUCGAGCCCCGACUGCCUGCUCGGUCUCGGGCGGGCGCUCUCGCCCGACGAGUUGUUGGCGCUGUCACUUGUAAACCCAGGCAUCGUCAUUGCGGCUGCCACCCCAGUCCUCGCAGCCAUCAGCCGUUGGCGAGGCGCGAGCUUCACGCAGAGCUUGCUGACACUCGCCGUUGUCGCAGGCAACCAGUACGUGCCGCGCAUCGCCGCCACGUGCGCGUACAUCUUACCCUGCUUCCACACGCAGGCGACGGCGGUCGAGGGCGGCUUGAUGGCCUACUCCACCCGGGAGCCCCGGGAGGAGUGCGCGAAAAGGUGGACGUACGCGCCCAUCCGGGCGCUUCUGUUCUUCUUGGCAUGCGCCGCUGGGCCAGGGCUGUGGAGGUGGCUUCUUCGCCACAGAGAGGGAGGUCACUUCGUUCGUUACCUCACCGCCUCCUACCGCUCAGAGCACCAGGCGUGGGAGUCCAACCGCCUAGUCAAGGAUAUUGCCAUGUCUUGCGUGAUCGCGGCGAAUCCAGUGACCUACAGACCAGGAACCAUGCUGUCCAUCGCUGUCUGCACCAUGCUGACCUACGUCUGCUGGCACGUGAAGUGCCAGCCGUACAAAUUCAGAGUGCUGAACUACGUCGAGGCCGGCACCCUCUUCAACCUGACCGUCUGCAUGGUGCUGACCAGCCUGAUCGCCAGCCCAGCAUGGGAUAUUACGGACGAUUUCGGGCGCGUGUUGUGGUACCUUGUGUUCGCCAUGUUGCUGGUAAACGGCCUCCUGCUGGCGGCAUUCUUGGUGUACUCAAAGACAUUUCUUACGGACGAGGAUGACAUUCUCGCGACGCCGCAGUGA